GGAAUCGGCGCCGGCCCAUUCCGCCGCUCGCGAAGGCCCUGUAUAGUCAGUUUGCGACCAUUUACCUUCCUCUCUCUCGUGCUUUUUAGGCCGCUAGCUCAAAAAAAUGGCCGUGGGUGUUAAGAAGCCGGCCGCCAAGGGCGCGGCGAAGAAGAAGGCCCUGGUCUUCACCAUCGACUGCUCCAAGCCGGUGGAGGACAAGAUUAUGGACAUCUCCUCGUUUGAGAAGUUCCUGAUGGACAAGAUCAAGGUGGACGGCAAGACCGGCGUGCUGGGCGACUCUAUCAAGGUGGCCAAGGAGAAGACCAAGGUCACCGUGACUGCUGAGUCCCAGCUGAGCAAGCGCUACCUGAAGUACCUCACCAAGAAGUACCUGAAGAAGCACAACGUGCGCGACUGGCUGCGCGUCAUUGCUUCCAACAAGGACCGCAACGUCUACGAGCUCCGGUACUUCAACAUUGCCGACAACGAGGCUGAGGACGAGGAGUAAGCGGCCUGUAGCAAGCUGGAGUGGAGCUCUGGGCGUGGAACUGGCGGCCGCCGCAUGCGAUGCAGCUGAGUUGGCGGCUGGAGCUAUGCGGCGAACGUUCAGUUCGCGCGUUUUGGACGGGCGUGCUGGCGCUGUGGAGCGUGUGCGGCCGGUGCAGCCGGGUGGUGAAGGGAUUGUAACGAGAGAAAUGUCCACACUAUUGCCUCUCUAUGUGCCUCAUGGAUGCAGCAGCGAAUUCAGCAGUUGGGGCGGGAGGGCUGGCUUCGGCAGCCUGGAGCAGCCAAAGCAGUUGGUCAGCGCAGGCGAGCGGCCCCGGCGAGCAGGUCGGGUGAGUGGGGUUGUGGGGAGGCGUGGCUGUGGGCUUGUGGGGCGAGGCGGGAGGCUGCCUCACAGGCCCCGUCCGACUUGGGGGCUCGGGGAUUGUGCUGGUGGUUGUACAGAGCGCGUGCGUGCAGUUGGAGUGCUCAACGUGGUGUGCUGUGGUGGUUUGCGGGCGUGUGGGUGGGUGGGCGGGCGGACAAGUUUAGGCGCCGGCAGGGACGGGUUGCACGGAUGGGCACCUCAAUGGGCUUCGGGUGCGCUUGCGCGGUGUUACGCGCCGCGCAGUGUGCAGAUAUGGCGUGCUUCGGCGGGGCGUGGGUCAGUUUGGGAUUUGGAGGUUCGCCAGGCACUUGCAACCGACUGCGGGCGAAGCUUGUUGGCGGGCUAGUCCGGGGAUGUGUUGGCGCUUUCACUGUGCAAAUGCGCGGCCAUUUCGCCGUUGGUUGGCGCGUGUGCGGUGGUGCAAGCGCAGGGUGAGCUCUCUCAUCGCUCCACGGGCGUCGGCUGAUGGGGGGGGCCAUCGUGUCGCGGACUAGCUCUUCAACCCUACCUGAUUAAUUUCGUAUGUGUACUUGCAUCCCAGUUUGGGGCUUGGCCAUUUGUAGCUGGCGUUUGUGUGGGUGUGUGGGGGGGCGAGGCUCGGGGCGCGUGUUACAAGUUUGCGCAGUUGUUGACGUGUUGUUGGUGCGUGGAGUGUGAAUUGCGACGGAUGUUGCGUGUUUCAUGGUUUGCGUGGAGGCGGGGCGGGCGCCGGAUUGGGGGUUGGGGGGUGGAGAGUCUACCGCAGCCAAUGCA